UCAUGUAAUAAACCACCGGCCUUCUUAAAUACAAACACCUACACGUUACAUCCAAGCUUCAUAAAACAAAAUUCAAGACUCAGAAAACAAUAAGAUCACAAGUUGCACGCGAGCAAUCACUUCGUUUCAGCUCAUUCAGCUCUUCUCUCCAAGCUUGCUGACAGAAAGGAGCUUGGGCCUUUAGUGCGCUAUUGUUCCUUUAUUGAGAACAAGACCAUACAUGGGUUCAAUCUCUGAAUCUACUGAGGAGAAAAAACAAAGCAAGCCACUAGGGAUUCAAUUUAUAGAAUACACUACGAAAUCAAAGUUGUCAUUCAAAACCCACCAAGCCAUUGUCCUAAUUAUCACUUUUUUAGCAUAUGCGAGCUACCAUGCUACCAGGAAAACUACUAGCAUUGUGAAAACUGCCCUUGACCCCCAGUCUCCGGAAGCAAAUCUCUUGAGCUUCUCGUGGGGAAGUACUUAUGCACAAAAACCUUUUGAAAGCAAGAAAAAGUCGUGGAUUCUUGGGAAUGGAUGGGCCCCUUUUAAUGGAUCGGAUGGACCAAUACUACUUGGUGACCUUGAUGUGGCGUUUCUUUUUGUUUAUUCAACAGGAAUGUAUUUUUCUGGUCAUCUGGGCGAUAGAACGAAUCUUAGAUAUUUUCUGACAAUCGGAAUGGUGGGAACUGGUUUGUUUACAGCACUUUUUGGGGUUGGAUAUUGGUCAAAUAUCCAUAUGUUUUACUACUACUUAGUUGUCCAAAUGCUUGCCGGUUUGUUCCAGUCAACUGGAUGGCCUUCAGUAGUAGCAGUUGUAGGGAACUGGUUUGGGAAACGAAAGAGAGGACUUAUAAUGGGUAUUUGGAAUGCACAUACAUCCGUUGGGAACAUCACGGGAUCAUUAGUUGCUUCAGCUUUGUUGAAAUACGGCUGGGGAUGGUCAAUGGUGAUUCCAGGUCUCAUGAUUGCUAUCGUUGGUUUAAUGCUUUUCCUAUUGUUGCCUGUCAGUCCUGGGGAUGUUGGCCUCGAUAAGGAUCAAGAUGUAUUGCACUCUCCUAUUAAAGAUGAGGAGGGAGUAGCACAUCCUUUGUUGAAACCAGAAAGUGAAGAAGAAGAUAAAUCAGCCAUAGGGUUCCUAGAAGCAUGGAGGAUCCCUGGGGUCGCUCCAUUUGCUUUCUGUCUAUUCUUCUCAAAACUCGUGGCUUAUACAUUUCUAUACUGGCUGCCCUUCUACAUUAGCCAUACAGCUAUUGCCGGAAAGUACUUGUCUAAUGAAGCAGCUGGGAAUCUGUCUACAAUGUUUGAUGUUGGAGGUGUAGUUGGAGGAAUCCUGGCUGGGCACAUUUCUGAUCGCCUUGAUGCUAGAGCAAUAACAGCUGCAAGCUUUAUGUACUGUGCUAUUCCAGCUUUAUUCUUUUACCGCAGCUAUGGACACAUUUCCUUGGCUGUCAAUGUGAUUCUCAUGUUGAUCACCGGCAUGUUUGUCAAUGGACCAUAUGCUCUUAUAACAACAGCUGUGUCAGCUGAUUUAGGGACACAUAGUUCGCUGAAAGGAAACACGAGAGCACUUGCAACGGUCACAGCAAUCAUUGAUGGAACUGGCUCAAUAGGCGCUGCAAUUGGACCAUUGUUAACCGGUUACAUCUCUACCAACAGCUGGACUGCUGUUUUCACAAUGCUAAUGGUUGCUGCUCUCGUCUCUGGCUUAUUUCUAACCAAGCUUGUCGUGGCCGAGGUUGGUACAAAGAUACACGAGUUGAAUGGAUCACAGUCACCAAGAUCUCCUGCAGUAGCUGAAGUGUGAUCAAUAUUUAAUGUGUGCUUGUGCUAUAUAUCCAGAAAUUUGAAACUUUCAUGCUGGUUCACCAAAACUUCAGGCUCACUGCCACAGAUUCCAUCUAUCUGAGCUACUCAGACAUAGUACCCCCUUACAGCCAUUGUUGAUGUUUUUUUGUUGCUAAAUCUGGAAUUUUUUGCUGAAUGGCCAUUGUUAAUGUUCAGGUCAAAAUUUAGCAAAAUCUCGGGAUGAGCACGGGUCGAUACUGUACACGAACUAGACAUGAAAGUGAUUGUAAAAUAAAAGGAUAUAGUAGGGUGUGCGAGUUACCAUUGCCCUGUUACAGGAUACAAGUGAUGUAACCUUCAAUUAUUUAAUUUAAUUAUUUUUUUGGGCAAAAA